ACCUGUUGGCUUUUGUGGAAGAACAGGAAUGAGCACCUCUUCCAAGGCCAGUUGAAAUCUUAUGAGGAAGUCCAGUUUAGGUCCAAACAACUCCGACAGCAAAUCAGUCAAGCACUCGCAAAGGAGACCACCAUUUUUGGAGCCGGGGGACUCCGAGAAUGGCGGGAUGUUCAGUGGCACCCACCGCCGAGUGGCUGGGCCUGCAUCAAUACUGAUGGCUCAGUCACUCAUUCUCCUGCGAGCACGACUUGUGGCGGCAUAGUGAGAGGGGACGAUGGACGAUUCAUCCGAGCUUUCACAGCGAAUUUGGGAAGGGGUUCGAUUACUCGUGCGGAGCUGACUGGGCUUGCUUAUGGGUUGAGACUGGCUUGGGAGGAGGGGAUCAGGAAAGUUGUUCUACAGACUGACUCGUGCACUGCGAUUAACCUGAUCGAGAAGUCUACUCCACAGCAUCCACAUUUCACCUUGGUGUCUGAGAUCCGCCGAUGGCUUCAUCAGGGGUGGCAGAGAUGGCUCACUUCCCCAGUUGGAUAUCGCACUUCAAUUCCCAUCUUCCCUCCCUUGCACAAUCAACAAUGGCCGCCGCCACCAACCUUCUCACCUCAGUCUUCAUCCUCUACCUGUCUUUCGCCUUUCAGUUGUUCCCCUCUGUCGUGCGAUGCGUCGCUACUGCUAGAAACGGCGAACGGAAUCAAAUCGGAGAAGGACACCAGCCGAAGCUUCGGGAUGAGGAAUUUCAAGUACGUCGCCACCAUCAAGCGCGCCCUCGAGUCCCACUGCCCGUCCACCAUCUCCUGCGCCGACAUCGUCUCUCUCUCUGCCCGCGACGGGAUUGUCAUGCUGGGCGGCCCGAGAGUGGAGCUGAAAACGGGGCGCAGGGACAGCAAGCAGAGCUACGCUUUGGAUGUGGAGAGCUCCAUCCCCAACCACAACGACUCCAUCUCGGCCGUCCUCUCCCGUUUCGGGUCCAUGGGCCUCGACACCGAAUCCACGGUCGCUCUCCUCGGGGCCCACUCCGUCGGCCGGGUCCACUGCGUCAAUCUGGUGGGCCGGCUCUACCCGACCGUCGACCCGAAUCUCGACCCGGAAUAUGCCGGGUACCUCAAGGCCCGGUGCCCGACCCCCGACCCGGACCCGAAGUCCGUGCUCUACUCCAGAAACGACCGCGAGACGCCGAUGAUUCUGGACAACAUGUACUACAAGAACGUGCUGGAGCACAAGGGGUUGCUUUCGGUGGACCAGCAGCUGGCUUCCGACCCUCGCACGGCGCCGUUUGUGGAGAGGAUGGCUGCCGACAACGCCUAUUUCCACCAGCAGUUUGCCAGGGCGGUGGUGGUAUUGUCGGAGAACAACCCGCUCACUGGGGCGGCGGGGGAGGUUAGGAGGGAUUGUCGUUAUGUAAAUGGCAACUAAACGGGCGGGCUUGAAGUGAAGUCCAUAUAUUUAUGGGCCUAAGGCCUUUGAUGUCGAAGUGUUACGAUAUGUAAUGACAGCUGGAUCGGUCUUUUGAGUUGAAAGUGAUUUCGAAAUAAUAUGAUGC